GCCAAUUAUAGACUACUUUAGAAACAAGAGCCAAUCAUCUUCUCCAGCUCAGAUCGAAUUCGGAAUCGGAAAACAUGGCCGGACUAGAGCUGCAGUUAUCGAAAGAGUACGGAUACGUUGUUCUUGUCCUCGUCUUCUACUGCUUCCUUAAUUUCUGGAUGACCGGCCAAGUCGUCAGAGCUCGCAAGAAGUAUAACGUAUCCUAUCCGACUCUCUAUGCCUCUGAAUCUGACAACAAGAAUGCCAAGCUGUUCAAUUGUGUUCAGAGAGGGCACCAGAACUCGCUGGAGAUGAUGCCUAUGUUCUUCAUGCUGAUGAUUUUGGGAGGCAUGAAGCAUCCAUUGAUAUGUGCAUCUCUUGGAGUCGUCUAUAUUGUCGCUCGCUAUUUCUAUUUCACCGGCUACUCCACCGGCAAUCCCGAGAACCGCCUCAAGAUCGGUAAAUUUGGCUUCAUGUCGUUGAUGGGGCUUAUGGUAUGCACAAUCUCGUUUGGAAUCAGUCUUGUCAUUGCAUAAGUACAAGAAGCUUGAACCCACCACAGCCUCCCUGCCAUUGCCUAUGUCGCUUCUUUCUGUUGUUUUACUUUUCCAUUUAAUGCUGAAGAAUUUUGAUUUUUGUUAAGUAGGCCUGUAAGAAAGAGGAGACAGUUUUGCUGUCUCUUGUUGACAUUUUUGCAACUAAUAAUGUGAAUCUGCUUGUAACCAUUGUUACUGGGACAUUGUAUUUCAACAGAUCCUCUCUAUUACUUUCACUUGAUUUUAUUGAGUAUUAGAUCACGAAUUUUAG